AUGGCGACAGAAGCCGCCGCCACAACACCCGACCUCCGCCCAAUCCCACAACCCCCAGAUUUCCACCCCGCCGUCCUCAUCCCAUCUCAAAAAACCGACAAUCUCCGCUUCCACCACCUAAUGAUCGCCGGCUCCAUAGCCGGCUCCGUCGAACACAUGGCGAUGUUCCCAGUCGACACAAUCAAGACCCACAUGCAAACCAUCCGCUCGUGCCCAAUCAAGCCAGUGGGAAUCACUCAAGCCUUCCGCUCAAUCAUCAAAACCGAAGGCCCAUCUGCUCUCUACCGAGGCAUUUGGGCCAUGGGACUCGGCGCGGGACCGGCCCACGCCGUCUACUUCUCCUUCUACGAAGUGUCCAAGAAGUAUCUAUCCGGUGGGAAUCCUAAUAACUCCGCGGCUCACGCGGUUUCGGGAGUGUUGGCCACUGUGGCGAGUGAUGCUGUUUUUACUCCGAUGGAUAUGGUUAAGCAGAGGUUGCAGAUAGGGAAGGGGAUGUAUGGAGGGGUUUGGGAUUGUGUGAAGAGGGUUAUGAGGGAGGAAGGGUUUGGUGCUUUUUAUGCUUCGUAUAGGACGACUGUGCUUAUGAAUGCUCCGUUUACGGCGGUUCAUUUCGCGACGUAUGAGGCGGUUAAGAGGGGGUUGAGGGGGGUUUUGCCGGAGUAUGUUGGUGGUGGAGAGGAGGAGGAGGAAGGUUUGUUGGUUUAUGCUACUGCUGGAGCUGCAGGUGGUGGCUUGGCUGCUCUUGUUACUACUCCGCUUGAUGUUGUCAAGACGCAGUUGCAAUGUCAGGGUGUGUGCGGUUGUGACCGAUUCAAGAGCAGUUCUAUAAGCGAGGUGUUUCGCACAAUAAUAAAGAAAGACGGAUAUAGAGGACUUGCUAGAGGAUGGCUACCAAGAAUGCUCUUCCAUGCUCCUGCAGCUGCCAUCUGCUGGUCCACUUAUGAAACUGUCAAAUCCUUCUUUCAUGAUGUCAAUGCCCCAGCUUGA